UGAAUUAAACGUGGGUGCACGUAUUUCUUACACGACCAGUUUUCGUUGGAGGGCAUUUCUUUCGGUCAUGUCUCUGGCUGUUUAUCGGCGAUUAUUUCACAAAAUUAGCCGUCUUCAAGGAUCAGGCGAUUCGGUUUUAUUCUUGCGUGGCGUUACUCCCCUGUCAACAUCAGAAAGAUAUCAAAUGUUAACUGACAACGCGGGGGGAAAGGUCAACACAGAGCGUUUCGACACGUCCCUUCUUGACAUUCUCGUAUGCCCACUAUCUAAAAAACAGCUAAGAUACGACGGAAAAAACAACGAACUUGUAAAUGAGGAACUCGGCAUCGCUUACCCCAUUAUUGAUGGAAUUCCAAAUAUGAUUCCUCAGGAUGCCAGGCUGAUUCAAAAGAACCCAGAACCAUCAGCGCCAGCCAAUUCCACUAAAGCUUAACUUAACAAACUGGCUAUUUAGUUGUUACGUUUUGACUCUUGAUUUACGAUACAAUAUGUUGUCAUCUCUAUCUACUAUUACCAUUCUCAUCCCUGUCGUUUCCCUUUUGGGACUUCUUUGUUCUGCAACCAUAGACGAGAAUUUCCCCCAGGGUUGUACCAGCACUGGGAGUUUGUGUUUUUACAGUCUUCUAUUACCUGUUACAAUCCCUGUCUAUGUGUUUUUCCACCUGUGGAAAUGGAUUGGAAUCAAACUAUUCAGACACAAUUAACUGGAUUAUUGUAGCCUAGUAAUGACUACUGCAAUACACACCUACACCACAAUAAAUGUUUUUCUUUUAUUAUUA